AUGGCUCAAACGCACUACCGUUACCGCCGAAGUGCUAUCGGUUCAGACGCAUUUCCUCGUCGCGGGGCCAAGCGAGAAGAAUCGUCGCCCAAAAGGCGGGGUUCCGCCAAGAUUGGCACCACAACGAAACAGAUCUCAAAGAAAAGACGUGCCAAAACCGCCGCGAUCAGCUCAACUCCAACCGAAGCCAAGGACGAAGAAUACGACGACGACGACAGAAUAAUCGGCCAUACGUCAACUGGCAACGGCCAUUCUGUGAGCCUCAUCACAGAACGAGCUGCCGAUCAAUCGCGCAGGAAUGUGCCCGAAAUCAUCGUUCAACAAACGACACCCUCAAAAGUAUAUGCGUAUUGGAGCGCUUUGGGGAAGUCCCGCGAAGAGACGAUUGGGACUGAUCACUUCAAUGUAUUUGCAAUUCUUGGCCACGACUCUCAAAGCAAGCGCCUGAGAGUGCAAUGGGUAGGAUACUCGGACUCAGUCCAGGACACAAGUUGGGAAACAGUCCCUAAGAUACGACGUCUUGAUCCAGCUCUUGUCAAGGACUAUCUCGCUACUCGGGGACUCACAGGCAGCCUCCAGCAGACACGCAAAAAAAUGGGGAGGCCCCAGGCCCCAAAGUCCAGGGCCCAAAAAGGAGUGAUGGAGCAUCCAAUCAGCCGAGCAGGUAUUCGCGACGAUGCAAGAUAUAAGGUGGCAUUGGAGCUAGUUGGAAUAUCUGGUCGAGAUUUGCGUCGUCUGACCAAGGUCAUCCUUGAUUUUGACAUGGAAGAGCGCAUUACGCAUCGAUCCCUCAUGCCCAAGGAUGGCAGCCGUGGCGGAGGUUUCAUCAUCUAG